UAUAUAUAUAUACAUAUAUAUAUUUUAACGCGUAGUCUCUCCAUGGAUCACGAACAGCAACUUGCUCAGUUGCGUGAAUUUGAGCAUUCGCAACCAGAAGACGCUCAAUCUUAUGCUACUAAAAGUUUUUUAGAGACACUCGAUAGUCUAAUAAAGCAUGGAUUAGAAGCACAAGACGAUGGUUCUGAUGGUUAUAAAGAAGAACUCAAAGUUAUCAAGGAUGCUAUCAGAGCAUUCUCUAUUGUGCUUCCUUUUGUGUUUAAAACUGUUUGUCAAAAUGAAGCAGAGUCUCAUUUAUGGGAACUGGCUCGAUCACUAUUGACCCUUGUAGAAACUCGACUUAUAGAACAUAAGAAUACAGGUGUUCGUAUCAGUGCACUUAAAUGUCUACAAGUGAUUUUCUUGUUAUUGACCAAGUCUGCUCAUCAAAAGGAGAUAUCCAUUCAUAUGUUAAGAGCAGGUCAUCGACUAUUGAACUUACAAGCACUAGAGAAAGAAGGACAGGCAGUGUUUGAUAAGAUAGCAGAUCUAUUAAAGAGUGAUAUAGAAUCUGUCUUGACAGCCACUAUCAGUUGCCUUGUGGUGAUGGUCAAGAAAAGAACACACUAUUUACAGCCUGUGAUGAGUCUAUUUACUGGUUGGAGUAAGACCAGAUCAAAAGAAGAUUCACCUGUCAUGAUGCGUAAUGUAGAAAAGGCUUUGAAAUUAGCACUUGUUACUUUUAUUCGUACGGAUGCUUUCAAUCCAUAUCGUACUGAUAUGAUAGCAGCAUUUGGUGCUAUGGGAGGUAAUGUAGGCAUGUUCUCCAGUCGUCGUUCAGAAGACUCCAGAAGACUCAAACGACAACAACAACAACAACAAUAUCAUGAUCAAGAAAGAGAGAAGCGUAUCAAGACAGACUAUAUGCCUACCAUACCCACAGGCCAGAAUAGAUUGGCCAAUUAUGAUAUUACGGCUAUUCCAUUGGACAAGAUUGUCUCACUCUGUAUGACUGUAUUACAAAUGGUGCCAUUGGAAGUCAUGUCUGAACGUGCUGCCAUGUUGCCUCCUGAAGGAGUGACCUUGGCUGUCACUCGAAAGGGAUUCAAACGAUCCACCACACCACCUUAUCCACCCCCACCAGAACAACCUGAACAUAUUCACCAUACGCGUAUCAAACGAGAACAAGACAUGACAGAAGCCAAACCUGUCUUGGCAAGUGCACAAGAGAGAGCCAGCCAGGCACUCAAGAUGCAACCCUAUGCAUUAGCCACACCGCAGACACUCGAUGCAUCAGACAAGAAAACAUUACUCAAAAUGACGAUAGAGCGGUUAUUAGAAGCAGAAGCGGCAUUUCGUGUGGAAAAUCCUUCUAAAAACGUAUGGCUUUUGUUGGUGGCAAAAUUAAUGACGCGUGGCACAACAGCUAAGCCAACAACGGAUGAUUUGAUAAUCCUAAAUAAAGAUGAACCAUUAGAAGAAACAAAGCCUUUUGUUACUGAACUCGAAACAUCAUCAGAUUUAAAGCAGUUGUUAUUAGACUUUGUUGUCCAGCAUCUCUCUUCCAGACUUGACUUGGCUCUGGAAUGGUUACAUGAAGAAUAUCUGAUGGACAAACGCAAUGCAAGAAUAGACCCUGAUUAUCAACCCAAUUAUUUCUAUUGGCUACAUACACUACUAGAAAAGAGCAUUCCUACUUUGGAUGCAAAAGACAGAGUAUUGACCAAACUGUUGUUAGAUGCACCUGAAUUGGACCAGAAAGUGAUUGACCUUGUCCAACAGAACCUGAAUGUGCCUGAACGAUUUGUCUCAUGCGUAUCUACGCUCCGCAGCCUUGUCACGAAUCGACCUCCUAUUCGUUUAGCAGCCUUACAAGUCUUGUUGGAUUUAUGUACCAACCCCAAUGAUAAAAUGCGUCGAACAAGCAUAGUCGCUGUCAAGAAAUGGAAUACAAAUCAAGAGGAAAUGAAUGGUCGAGUAGAGUCAUUUGCGAUUAAGUCAUUACAUGCACUCAAAUCAACCGAGUGGACAGAAAAGGAUGUAGUCAGGCAUGCUGAACUUUAUUUUGUGUUGUGUACCAAGAAACCAAGUCUAUUACAAGAGUUAUUCACUGUCUAUAAGGAAGCAACAGAGACAGUACAAGACGCUAUUCGUAUUCAUAUGAGCAACAUGAUUAAAUCGAUUGGUAUGCGAUCACAUGAUAUGAUUCGACUGAUGAAGACAUUUCCACUUGGUACUGAGACAUUGGUCAUUCGCAUGUUGAGUAUUUUAUGCGAAUCAAAACCACCCACAAAGGAUAUUUUGGCUGUUGUUCAGACCAUUACUCCAUUAGCUAAAGAACGAUCGAUGGAUACAACACAGUUGUCGCCUAUUUUAGCCGGACAAAGUCUGUCAUCAUCCUCCACCUAGUUCAAGAGGAGUUUCUAUGAGACAACAAAAAUUUAUACAGCAUGAUACAAACAAUAAAACUACUCUUUUUGGUUGUUUUUCUUUUCCAAAUAUAUACUCUAUUUAUUAUUUAUUCCUUCUUUUUUUU